AUGCGCUCAAGGGGAGAGGGGAGUUGGCUUUCAGACCAGGUGCAGGCCUUUGAAAGCUUGCCGCAUUUGUCGGCCUUUCGUGCAGCACUGACAGAGAGGCUGGGUGCCAAAGCUGAGGGUCUUUGUGCCGAGGGCAAUCAUUAUUUCGAUGCGUCGACGGGCAUCGGAUUUCACGGGGACAGCGAGAGAAAGCUUCUGGUCUGCACAGUGAGCUUGGGCUGCAGCUCGACUCUUCGGUACUGCUGGCGGAUGCCAGGCUCCUCCGAGAAUGGGCCUUCCGUGGAUAUCGAGGUCCAUCAUGGCGAUGUCUAUGUGAUGUCUGAGAAAGCGACAGGCUUCGACUGGCGACGAACCUCUAAAGUUCGAGUGGUUCAUGCUGCAGGGUCCGCCAAGUACAUCGGAUGA